AUGUCGACGAGCGACGCCCCCGACGACGUGUUCCUCGAGGACUUGAGGGGCGAGCGGAGCAUGGAGUGGGUCAAGGCGGAGAACGAGCGCGCGCUCGCCGCGAUCGCCGGGCCCACCGGCAAACCCGAGGACGACCCGAUGUUCGCCAAGCUGCGCGCCAUCUACGACGACAAGAGGAAGAUCCCCAACGUGCGCCUGCGCGGCGACUUCGUGUACAACUUCUGGCAGGACGAGCACCACGUCAAGGGCAUCUGGCGCCGCACCACCAUGGACGACUUCAAGACCCCGGAGCCCACCUGGGAGACCGUGCUCGACGUCGACGCCCUCGCCGCCGCCGAGGGGAAGAGCUGGGUCUGGAAAGGCCCGCAGUUCCUCGACUACGGCCCCGGCGACGACGCCGACCGAGUCGACCGAUGCGUGGUGAACCUCUCCGACGGGGGCACGGACGCGUGCACCGUGCGCGAGUUCGACGUCGUCGCCAAGGCGUUCGUGGACGGACCGAACGCCUUCGUGCUCCCGCCGGGGAAGAACAGCUUCUGCUGGGUCGAUCGCGACUGCGCGUGGAUCGGCCACGAUUUCGGAGCCGGCACGAUGUCGCCCUCGGGGUACCCGCUGACGGUGAGGGAGUGGCGCAGGGGGCAACCCCUGACGGAUGCGGUGGAGAUCUGGCGGGGCGAGCCCACGGACGUCGUCGCGUCCGGCAGCGCGUAUUGGGACAAGGGACACAGGUACAAGGUGUGGUACCGGGCCAAGACUUUUUACGACACAGUUCGGUUCGUCCCUCACCCGGACCGACCGACAGAGAUGGUCCACGUGGACAUCCCCACCGACUUUUCGUUCGCCACGUUCGCGGACCACGUGGUGAUCCACUGCAAGUCGGAGUGGCAUGUGGGCGGCGGGAAGGGGGGCGACGGGGGAACGAAGUUUGUCGCCGGGUCCGUGGUGGCGCACCCGGCUAACGACUUUUUUCGCGGCGAGCGAUCGGAUUUUACCGUCCUGUACUCGCCCGCGGACGAUCGGUGCGCGUACGAGGGCAGCUCCGAGACGAAGGACUACCUGAUGGUCCACGCGCUGGAGCACAUGGUGACGCGCGUGUACAGCUUCGGCGCCGCGGGCGUGGACUCUGAGCGAUCGAACGAGCUCUUCGUCACCACCGAGGGCUUCCUCGAUCCGACGACGCUCUCGACGGCGACCGCACCCGACCUCGACGUCUCGACGCCGCUCAAGACCAACACCGCGUGGUUCGACGCGAGCGGGAUGUCCGUCGAGCUGAGGGAGGCUACGAGCGAUGACGGCACCAAGGUGCCUUACUUUCUGGUGCGAGGCCAGGCCAACGGUGGGUCAAACCCUAAACCCGCGCCCACGGUGCUGUACGGCUACGGCGGGUUCGAGAUUUCGAUGUCCCCGGGGUACAGCGCCACGGUGGGGGAGUCUUUCCUGACGAAGGGCGUGUGCUACGCGAUGGCGUGCAUUCGCGGCGGCGGUGAAUUCGGCGCCCAGUGGCACCGCGCCGCCAAGAAGGAGAAGCGCUGGCGCGCGUACGAGGACUUCGCCGCCGUCGCCAAGGACCUGGUGGCGACCGGCGUCACCACGCACGCCACGCUCGGGUGCAUGGGCGGCAGCAACGGCGGGCUCCUGACGGGCGCGAUGAUGACGCACUAUCCGCACCUCUUCGGCGCCGUGGUGUCGCAGUGCCCGCUGCUGGACAUGGAGCGGUACGUGCUGCUCACCUCGGGCCCGAGCUGGAUCGACGAGUACGGCGACCCGAGCAUCCCCGAGGAACGCGAUGCCCUGCUGGGCUUUUCUCCGUACCAUAACCUGGAAAAGUCCGUGCACGUCGCCGAGUCGGCGAAGAGAGGCGAGCACAUCCCGGCGACUCUGUUCACCACGUCCACCGCGGAUGACCGCGUGCACCCCUCGCACGCCAGGCGCGUCGUGCACAAGAUGCGCGCGCUCGGCAUCGGGGAUAAGGUGCUGUACCACGAGAUGACCGAGGGCGGCCACGCCGGCGCCGCCGACAACGUCGCUCGCGCCAAGGUGAAGACGAUCGAGAACCGCUUCCUCGUCAACGCGCUCAAGAAGAACGAGGCGUGA